ACAGAAUGUUGGGACUAAUUCCGCUUUUGGUAGAGGGGUUCAAUUUAGUACUAUGUUUAACGCUAUCCGCUUUUCGUCUCGAGUUGUUUAUAGAAUAAAGGUGUUUUCAUAAGAUAUCCGACAGAGUAAAUAAACAAUGAAAUUUCGAUUUUGUGGAGACUUAGAUUGUCCAGAUUGGGUUCUUGCAGAAAUAGCUACUUUGUCAAGAAUAAGUUCUGUAAAAAUGAAACUUCUGAGUAAUCAAGUUGUAAAUGGCAUUUUAGGCACCCCUAUCGAUUAUGAAAAAGUAAGCAAGUUAACAGCAGAUGCUAAAUUAGAAAACAGUGAUGUUAAAGCUACUAUUGCAACAAUUUCUUUUAUUUUGACAAGUUCAGCAAAGCAUGGAAUAGAUGAGGAAUCACUUUCUAAUGAGCUCCAACAACUUGGACUGCCAAAAGAAUCAGCUGCAGCUUUGUGCAAAAUAUUUUCUGAGAAAUUUUCACUUUUGCAGAAGAAAUUAAGAAAUGAUUUCCUUAAAUUGACUGAAAUUAAAAAUAUUAACUGGCAAGUGGAUCAUAUUUUAUCUUCAAGUUGCUUAUCAGAUGUUAAUAAUCCUUCUGUUAAGAUUAGUUUUGAAGUAACAGAAAAUGAAGCAACAAAUUUGCAUUCAAUCAAUAUGUCCUCUAGUAAAUUCCAGACACUUUUGCAUGAAUUGAAACAAGCAUGUGCUGCUAUGGAAGAAAUAACUCCGCCAUCCUAGAGUUCCUAAAAUGAAUAUGCUCACGAAUCAUUUGAUCUUUGUAUAUUUCUGAUCAUAUUAAUGACAUUAUCAAUACUUAUGUUCAUAGUAAAUUUCUUAUAUAAAAGGUUAAUUUCAAUUUAAAGUAUUAUGAAAUGACUAUGUGAAUGUAUAUAUUCUGUUGUACUUUUGAUUAUUAAACUUGCUUGGAACUAUUUUCAAGAUGUUUCGAA